ACGAGGCUUCCCCCUGUGUGUGAGGAGUGGGACUGACGCCUGAUAUAGGUCACCACUUCUAAGAAAGAAAUGGUCAGAAUAUAACGAUUCUACUCGCUGUUUGAGCAUCAGAUGGCGAAAGGGGUCGUCAGUGAGAGAGAAUUGAAAUGGAAUUAAAGCUUCAUAGUCCGGCAGGAGCCGAAGCUGUCAGUUACACGUGGCCACUGUCGAAUUCGGAUGGAAAAGAAGGAGCUAAUGAAAUCAUCGAAACCAUAAGAUGGGUGUCGGAAGAUUUCCCGGAGCUGGAGACGGCAUUGGAUAACAACAUCCUACAGGACUAUGAUGUGAGGAGCUUUGAGAGCAUGAAACAACUGUGUGACAAGUAUAACAGGACCAUUGACAGCAUCCUCCAGCUGUGGAAAGGAACAUCCCGCCCCCAGAAAAUCAAGGAACGUCCAUCUACUGGCCUGCUGAAGCACAUCCUCCAACAGUGCUAUGACCAUGCAGUAAAAGAUCCGGAGAGGCUUAACCAGUAUGAGCCCUUCUCUCCCGAGGUGUAUGGAGAAACAUCAUUUGAUCUGGUGGACCAGAUGAUUAAAUCCAUCAACUUCUCAGAAACCGACUACUUUAUAGACCUUGGCAGUGGAGUCGGACAAGUUGUCCUGCAGGUGGCCGCAGCAACAUCCUGUAAAAUGUGCUAUGGUAUUGAAAAAGCAGAGUAUCCAGCUAAGUAUGCUGAGGAUAUGGAGAAGCAGUUCAAGCGAUGGAUGAAAUGGUACGGAAAGAAAUUCAGCAACUACCAACUGGACAAAGGUGACUUCCUGUGUGACGAAAUGGUCGAAAAAAUAAACAAUGCCACUGUGAUAUUUGUCAACAACUUUGCAUUUGGACCUCAGGUAGACCAUCAAUUAAAACUACGCUUUGCCAAUAUGAAAGAAGGUGCCAAAAUCGUAUCUUCCAAGGCUUUCUGUCCACUGAACUUCCGCAUCACUGACAGAAAUCUCAGUGAUAUUGGUACUAUCAUGCACGUUGCGGAACUGUCACCGCUAAGUGGUGCCGUCUCCUGGACGGGGAAAGCUUUCACCUACUUUGUGCACACAAUAGAUAGGACUCUGUUGGAGAAAUACUUCCUACGAAUGAAAAAUCCGAAAUUGAAAGAUGAUGAAGAUGUGCGUAGAGAUCGUCGAGGGAGACCAAUCCAUCUACGAGAGAAACAUACAUGUUGUUCUGGUCAUGGUGAUUCCAAGCCUCAUGAAGAGCUGAAGAAUGGUGCUUUGAAGAAGAAAAUUCGAGCCCUAGAGGUUAACAAGAAUGAAAUGCCAGCUCUCAAUGUUAUCAAGGACCACUCCUACCAGGCCGCACGCAACCUAGACUUUGACAGUGCCAGUAACGCCAGCACUGCGACAAGUAUGAGUGGCACAGCCGAGGAAAUAGCUCAAGUAAUGGGUGGCCCCACAACGCGGCGACAGUGGUCCGAGUGCCUCAGUAAACCAGCACCAGAAGUGGCCUCCCCUGAACAUCCUCCUACCUUCAGGGAGGAGAGUGACGAGAAUGCUGUAGUAGUUGAUAUCCCUAAGAAGAUGACCAGGACCCGAGCAGCAAAGACGGCGUCAAAGCGACUCAGGAACGGACAGUUAAGGAAAGAACCACACACCGCUGUUGGUGAAGUGAGCAGUACCCCUCCAGUGACAGGGAGAAAGAAAUCCAAUCUGGGAAGCCGUGCAAGAGCCAACAAAAACAAGGAAAAGGAGAAAGUUCUGGGGCUGGACAGUCUCAAUCUGCUGCACACGCACACACUAAUGUCCACAGCUGCAUCACCUGAGAGCAAUGAUAAGUGGAAUGAUCGAAGCAUGGUCUCCAUGACGAACGCAUUCUUCAAGCCGAGUACUCAGGCCCAGACUGUGUCCUCACUGGAGACAGAACCAGCACUCCAACGUCUGCUUGAUCUGUUCAGACACCAGUACAACAAGUUCCUGGCCUACAUGCAGACACCAGACUACAAGUCCAAUCUGUUACUCCAGAUAGAUCAGGAAAGGGAAAAGCAGUCCUGUUUAAAAUCGAGAGUGGCAUACCUUGAAAAGCAGAUUUAUGGCCUACAGAAGGAUAGUGUUGGACAGCUGAAGGCAAGGAUGAGUGAAAUAAACUUUGUUUCCCAGCUUGGUAUAGAUACCGAUUGUCCCGCAGACUUCCUCACCAAGGCCAAGUCAAUAGUGCAGGAACACAAGGAAUUGGAGGGUCAGAUGGGGACUUUAAAAGGCCAGGUGGCUUCUCUGGAGGCAGAUCGGCGCAAACUGGUGGAAGUUCAGCAACAAGUCCUGCUUGAGAAGACUGGUGGAAUAAACGGCAAAAGGAAUGGAUUCCACAAACCUACAGUCCAAGAGAAUGUUUUAAAAGAGAUUAAUAAUUCCUAUUCCCAAAAGAAGAACCUGAUUACCAAAGUACAGGAGCUGGAGGUAAAUUUAAACGACUUACAACAGCAUAAAUUGGCCAGGCUGGACGAUGAUAUUAAAGGGGAUGACAGCCCAUCUCAGGAUUCGGGCAUCAGCCUAACACCAACCGUUCCACCUCCACAGUCACCCGAUGAGGCAGCUACAACCGACAUGUCAGGGAAACCUUUAGGGUUAUAUUUUCAAUCAACAACUGACAAAUCUCAGGACCAAACCAACGUUUCAGCCGACACUAAGCAAAUAAAGAUUGUUACUGGUGCUAUUAGCGGCUUCAGACAGACGUCGCCAUGUAACAACUUGCUCGAUCACAAACCUUCAGCUAAAGACUCAGGUACACUAGGAGUUAGUGCUAGUUCUCAUGAAAACCAUUCCAGUAUAAAAUCAUCACCAUAUAUGUCUUCAUCAUUGUCAUCAUCUUCAUCCCCACCACCACCACGUAAACCCGGUGACGGAUAUACUCCUGGAGCUCUAUCUAUACGAAUCCUUCUAGAGGCUAGUGGGGAGCAGGUGCGUCAGCGGAAUAGGGGCGAGAUAGCUUCCAGACUGGCUGGUUACAAGUCAGGUGUGGUCAAAGACCUGCAUCAGGACUCAACUGGGAAGUUAGAGUAUGAACGAAUCAAAAAGGAGGCAAAGCCUGCUCAUUUGAUCGACCAGGUAGUUCACAUGGCCCUGUCAUCGCAACCAACAGACAGUAACCAGGGUAAUGUGUUAGUGACACACAACAAGAAGGUCAAACUGUCAAAUGGGGUCAAGUCCUCUGCUAAAGGUGUAGCUCUGGAGUCGAACCGACCCACCCUCCCAGUCAGUAUACCACUGGACCAGCUUCAGAAGGAGCAGUUACGACAGAAAAUUCUCAAUCGGACAGGACCAAGCAAGCAUGAGGCGGGUGAUGUCACAAGUCAGGUGUCAAAGCAGUCAAGUAAGUCUGAUCAUGAUGCUGGGUUUUACUCCCCUAUCAGUCGGCCCAGUAGUCGUGGCAGCACCACAGAGUCAGCCGACGAGCCUGGAUGUGAUGUCACUGCAUCACACUCGUACAGUCCUGCUACAGCGUCCAACAGUCCCCGUGGGCCUGGGUACAGCUCAUCUAGACACAGAACGGACUCUAAAGCAAAGACACCUGCUCGUGUGCCAGUAAAUAAUCACUUUGUGGAGAAUAUGUCGACUCAGACCAAGUCAAACAAUUUGCUGCAUGGUAGAGGUCAAAGGGUGCAUACUGAUCAACAGAAGUUUAACUUAGCAGAGGCUUUACUUCAAAUGUCGGAGGUUAGGAGUAACAAACCAGUGUCUCCACGGCAGGCAUUACCCAGUGUACCAACGAAGUGUGGGGACAGCUCCAAAUCACCCAAAAUGCGGUACACUCUAGAGAGCUACCAAGCUGCAGACAGAAAACGACUGAAAAGGAAGAAAACAGAAAUUCUUGAAAAUGAUAAUAAAAAAAUGGCCUUGUCCUCUAAUGCUGUGAGCUAUACCCCGAGUCAUGGGGUGUUGGACAGCAUGCUAGGUCACACCUCUGGGAUCAGUUCAUUCUCGUCUCCUGAUUCAGGAAUGUCCACACCACAUGUACAGAGUCCAUUGUUCCCGACGGCCCGACCAAAACUCAAAAGUCACUAUAAUCUUCAAAACAGCAGUGCCAAAGAUUCACCAAGCAAGAACUGGCAAGCUCAGAUCAGCAGUGGUUUUGACGCCCUGGUUGCUCUAGCUUCAUCAGAAUUGGAUAAAAAUCGUGAAAUUCGUAGGAAAAGUUUAGAAGGACAAAGUCCUAGUCCACGCAAAUCACAAGUGAUACCAACAAAGCAACAUGUCUCUCUAAGGGACUCAUUGCGUGGAAGGGACAAUGAUAAAAGACGGGGUCCUAAAACUCCGCCUGGUUCUCCUCCUAGAAGUAAACGGGGCCCAAGAACACCCCCAGGAUCUCCACAUUCACAGAAAAAAGGGGUCAAGGGUCGGAGAAAUAAUAGUUACAGUUCAAGUCGUAGCCGAAGUUGUAGUCUUUCCAGAACCUCUAGUCACACGCAGAGCAGCAGGAGUAGCUCCCGCAGUAGUUGUUACUCCAGCAGUAGGAGCAGAAGUCGAUCUCGGAGCUCGUCAUCCAGUCGGAGUUCUGGGAGUGGGCGCCACAGGAACACUAAAAUUAGUUUGAAGAAGGCUAGUGAAACAGUUAACAAACCUGUGGUGACUCACCCUGUGAUCAAUUCCAACAUAAAACCAGUGUCCCAGCAAUACUCAGGAAACAAUAGUACUAGCGUGCCAAAACAGCCGGCGCCCCUGGUUAGCAACGCUGUGACAGGUACAGUGAUGAACAAUACUAAUUAUUGUGUUUUAAAUAAUGGGACCUCCUUUGGGGGAGGUAUGAUGUUGAUGACAAACAACCAGCUUCACACUGGCACCACCACCACUGGUAUUUCACAGCGACCCAUGACCAAUCAGAUGCCAAUUAUUCCUUCAUCCAUACCCAGUAAUUUGGUUGUGUUGUCUUUUACUCCGCAAAACAACAGUAUGAACAAUCAGAUCCUAGGGGGUCCUACAGCCGCCCUACAGACCAGUACCAUAACCCAGCAGCCUGCUCCCCAGGUCCCAAAUCUCUCGGAACAGUUAAAACAAUGUGCAAAACAGCCCCCACCACCCCCACCAAACAAUGACAAUGUUCAGAAAGGAUUAACCCUACAGCCGACAGCACAAAAUAUUCACUACACAAACCCUGGGCCAGUGUUCGUUUCCACAGCUCCAAACUUCAGUCUGCCUGAUCUAAGCAGACCACCACCCAACAUGGCCCUGAAGCCACCGAACUCAAGUCUUCCAGGUAGCGGGGGAGGGACUGUCGUGGCUACUCCAACAGGCCAGCUACAGAUGUGUGCGGGCGGGGCAGGGCAGCCUGCCACGCCUGUAUUCACCAUCAACCACCGGCCCCCUUCCAUCACCCCCACCCCAAUCAGGCCACGAUCUGAUCUACCUCCAAGGCCAAUGACCACAUUCAAUGAACGGCCUUUCACACCAGGCAAUGUAGGCAAUAUACCUGAUUUUACUCGGCCUCCAGUUAACUUACAGCCAAGAUUGCCCUCGCCUGCUAAAGGCCAACAUCAACAGCAGGGACCCAGGCCACAACAGAACCAACCUGCUAAUUUCCGUGGGCCCAUACAAAUCCGUCCAGCCAUAUCCAACCCAGCAGGUCCUAGGCUAGAUGCCUCUGCUACAAGGUUCCAGGGCUAUGCUACACUACAGCCUACCCAGCAAACCAGCAACAUCAGACUGGGAAUGUUUGCUAACCAGAGUGGACCCAGACAGCAGUUCAAUGGACCAGGACAACAAAAUUGGCAAAUGUGAUGACAGAAAUGGACUACACGUGGCCUUGACCCUGUUUGUAAUGACUUCACUAGGCAAUAAGUAAACAUCAGUGUAGCGGAUAUGGCAAACUUUAAGGGAGAUAAUACGCACAACUUUUUACACCUACUUAGAAUUUAUUUACUGAUUUCUAGGACAUAUGAAAUGAAUUUAGGUGUACCUUCAAAUUUGUAUGAGUAUUAGAAAGAUGAAAUGCUUGGUAACUAAAAUACAAAAUGAGGUCAUUUUGUUUUGGAAAUUAAGUCGAAACACACUGGUACUCAAACAUAUUCAUUUUUCUCUUGUUUGCAUUAAUUUGAAUGUUAUGAAAUGUAUAUAUUUUAACAUCUGUAACAUUUUGGUUUUGAUGGACAUUGGUCAUAUAGCACAGUAAAACGCUGUUGUAAAAGGGGAUAAUUUGACCGGUGGUAUGAUGUCGAGGUGUAUGUAAGGAGAAUUCAUUAUUUUCACACGGCCAGAGUAGUCAUUUUUACAACAGCUGAUUAGAGUUAUAAUAAAUGUCAUCAAAGCUAUGUAGCUCAUUUUACUGAUCUGCUCCCCAGCAUCGUGAACCAGAAUUUGAAUGUCAUUUAAUAGUUCAAUGCAGUUACAAAAUAUGAUUUUAUAUGAAAUGUAUACCCAUAUAUUGUAAAUAUGUAAAACUUGACUAUGCUGGUAUUAGAACCGAUUUUCAGGAGGAAUGUUUACCUGGUAAUUCAUUUCCAUUCGAAAUUAGAGAUUUUUUUUUAACCCAGCAUAGUUCAAUAUUGUUGAAAAGCAUGUAUUUCACCAAGGGUUAACAUACUCUGUGUGCUACUAAUAUAACAGACCAGUGAUAUAGAUGUUACCAUCACUGCUGUACAAGGGUAAAACAGUCUUAUAAAAUGUCAUAUCAUAUAUGUAUAGUGCUUUGCUGUAUAAUUGCAAAGUUGACCAUAAAUCGUUGAAACACCAUAAAUCGGUGAAACAAAAUGCAUGUCUGAAUUACCUCGGUGCCAGUAUUUAGGGAGAACAAUGUAUCGGUGGCUGAGAAUUAGGAAGUAUCCAGUUAAGCAGAUGAAUGUCUGAAUUAGUGCUAGUAUCCAAGGGAAUAACAUGCGUAUAGCUCAUAGAUGGCUGAAAAUGAGAUAGUACAGUUGAAGCUGCAAAAUUGAGUAUUUUAACUCAUUCACCCCUGAAAUUUCAUCAUGCACUAUUUCAACCUUUAAACUGGAAGAGUUCAAAUGUGUCUUCAGAGGUGAAUGAGUUAAAAAAAUUAAUGGAACAAUUCAAUGUCAGAAUUAUGUUCAUGUUAAUAUCCAAAGGAUUGCUCAAAACUAGUGUCAGCAAAGUAGAACAGAUGAAAGGUUUCAGCGACUGAAUUGUGUUAGUGCUAGUAUCCAAGGAACAAAAUAUAGAUUGCUCAAAGUUAGGCCAGUAUCAGCAAAGCUGAAUAAUUGAACAUUUAACAGUGAAACAGAUAAAUGUCUGAAGUAUGCAUGUUAUUAUUAGUAGAAAGUUAUCCUGUAAAAGUUAAUCCUUGAUAAUAAGCCCUAGCCUACUGGAAGUUGAAAGUGUAGUACAAUGUACAUACAUACAAGAUUCAAAACUGUCACAGUGCAGUCAGUUUUACAGCUCACAAAGCUGAAAUUCUUGUUGAAGAUUUUACAUAAACGUUAUAAGGUAUAUGAUAUAUGUCUGUGGGAUUUAAGAACCGUCUUUAUCAGACACAUCGCAUAUCGAUACUCUUGUUUGAUAAGGAAAGUUGGAAUUUUGAUUGGAAAAGUUUCUUGAUGAACAGUUUGUAAAGUUCAGCAAACAAGACUACAUAUAGCCAAGCCCAGGAUUUUAGAGUUUUGUACUGAUUAUUAAGCAUUAAUUGAAAUCCUAAGGAAUGACAUGGGUUUCUCGUCCUUUUGUUGGGUGCCAAAUCUGACAACUAUUCUGCCAUACAAUUAAUUUAUAGCAGCACCCAUGCAAUACCAAGUUUUGAGCUUAAAAUGAUGCAUAUAUGUAUUUUGAGAUACUAUUUCCCAUUUACAUGGAUGAAACUAACCUCACUGAUUUUUUGUUUUGUAUUUUGAUGAUUUUUCUUAACAUUUAUACUGGAUUUAUUCACCUUUUCCCCUCUUUUAUAUAUUUAUGUAACAUUGUUUUAAUAAUUAUGAAAGUUAGAGUAAAUGUUUUAUUUAUUACUGUACAUCAUGUGUGAAUGACAUUUUGUAAUUUUGAUGAACAGGUAUUAGAUUCCACUAGCUGACUACUGCACAAACAACGCUGUACAAGUAAACUUGGUUAAUACCAGCACUUGACUUACAGGAUAUGGUCUCUGAUUUUCCAACAUGAUUUUAUGGUCCCAAAGAUUGAUUUCUCAGUCUUUUAUCGCUGACAAACUGUCAUAUCCAAUCAAAUGAUCCAAGACCCCUGUGAUGUUGGCAGGUUACACUGUAUUAUUCCAAAUCGUACUUUAUCAUGCAGAAAAUUGUUUAUGCUGGUCAGGUUUUGGAAAUAUGAGACUUCUGCAUUUUGUCAGCUUUUGAAGUGUAAUGCUGUUUCUCAAACAAACAUAUCUAACCACAGUAAAUGAACUGGCCUGUAGAAUUUGUUAUGAUAUGUUUUGGAGGAUCAGACCCAAGUCAUGCCUCUUCAUUAACACUGUUGUCACUUGUAAUGUCAUUGGUUAAGAAUUUCAUAUUCAACUGAUAUUUUCACACAAAUUGUAUACGAAGAAAGCAGUACAGUCCUAUUAAUUAAUUUCUGUAUUGAAUAAAAUUUGCUCUUCAUACAGUCCUAUUCAUUUCUGUUUUGAAUCAACUUUGUACUAUUUGCACAACAUUUUUUAAUCAAAAUGUCUAUAUCACAACAGAAUACUACAGUGAAAGUAUCAAAAAUGAACGGUGGGUUGUCCAGGGUGUUGGCUUUUUACUGGUAUGGGUACAAUGUAUUAUGAUUUUAAAAUAACUUGAUGUUGAAUUAUAAGAGGGUAUGUGUAACAUUAGCAGGAUUUUCAUCAUGUAUUGGAUGUUUGUUCUGGGGCAGAUAAAAUUUCUUGCUAUAUAAUUAGUGCCGAGUUCCCUCUGAAUAUCUAUUUAACCCUCUCACCCCUAAGUAACUUUAGUGGACUCUACCAUGCAUUUAUUGGGAUUAGGCCAUUAUGGUCUACAGUGGUGAAAGGGUUAACUUGGCUAUCUCUUUGAUGGGAUGGAUAGGGAGAUGCUUGUCUUAAAAAGGAUCCAACAGUUAAUGUCAAAAUUGAUAUUUAAUGAAAUUAGAAUUACAACUGAAGGAUGUGAGACGGGUGAAGUGAGAUAACUGGUGGUCCACAUACAGGUAACAACUGAAGGAUGUGAGACGGGUUAAGUGAGAUAAAUUAGAAUUACAACUGAAGGAUGUAAGACGGGUGAAGUGAGAUAACUGGUGGUCCACAUACAGGUGGCAGUAAAAUUCAUGGUUAUAGGAAUAAGACAGAACAUAACUAUUCUAUCUAUAUCCAUGUUUCUGGUCCCUGUGAGUCGAUGUGAAGCUGAGAAAAUGCUUGGCCAGCAAAGGGAGAGAACUGUUGUGCCACUGUAUGCGACAGUGUUGUUUAUUGAACGAUGUGAAUACUGUGUAGGUAUGUAUAGUGCAUGUUGGCAUUCAUAAAUCUUGAUCAAGUGAUUAUGUUAUGGUGCACAGUUAUUUCAUAUAGUUAUUUAUCUGUUUUCUUCUGUUGUCAUUAGCCUGUGUACAUAAGCAUUAAGUUAAAACCAACAUUGAUUAAUACUGUCUUGUAAAGUUUUUAUGAUCUCGUCGUUUGAUAUUUAGAUAGAUAUAUAUUAUAUACAGAUUAAAUGAUGUGAGGAGAGUGUUAUUUGUAUGUUUUAGGUUUCCCUUGUUGGUCACUAAGCACUCAAUCUGACAUUGUCAAAACUGUGAAACCCAGCAUUCUUGUGGUGAGAACUGCAGACUUAAAUUCAACACACUUUUAAUAUUGAAAUAAUAGAGAUUGGAGUAUUUAACAUACUCUACUCCCAAAGCAAAAGAUCUAGCCACAAAAUUGACGUUCAUGAAACAUUGACUUUGCCAGAAUGAUAAAAGGAGCAGGGUGGCCAGCAGAGAUAGUAUACCUGAUGCUAUUGUCACAUUAUUGCAUGUCUCUGUGGGAGUUUGUUCAUUUGAUGAGACCUCUGAGAAUCUGUUGGUUGGUUUUUAGAUUGAUUGAACUGUCAAAAGAUGACUUGUUCGACACACUGCAUGAAGUUAAUUGUUUUUGUAUGCUGUUAUUUGUGAAGGUGUGUACGAAAACACUUGUAAUCAUAAUACAUUAUGUUAACUUCUUUAGCUGUUUUUAAGAUUUUAAAUUAUUUUGUUUCAGUUGAAUUUAUUUUCUCUAAAUACAAAUUUAAAUGAACAGUUGACUAACACUUUUCAACAAUUUUGUCUUUUUGAGAUGUUUUGAUAUCUGGUCUUCUUUCUGUGUACAUAUUGUAUAAUACAAGUGGUGUUUUUUUAUGUAUGAAGCGAUAAAUGAAGAAUCUGAAAGUCGGAUGUAAAGUCUUGUAGAAAUGAGAAGUCCAAAAUUUGUCUGAAUUUGUAGAAAAAUAUUUAUCCUGUAGAAAUUGAAUAUGUGUAGAUUACAAAUGGGACACUAGUUGGUUGGAACUGUUAUAUUGUGUUUCGUACUAGACAGACAAUACCAUAUUUGGACAUAGCAUGUUGAUAUGCUAUUGUCACGGCAAUGGAUAAUGUAGGAAUUAUAUCCUCUUUUUUGCUAUUGUUGGAUUUUAUUUGUGAUGUGUGUAGCUGGUUUUAUAAUCCAAUUUUCCUGGGAUGGAAUGAUAAAUAUUGCAAUGUCAUUUCUGGUUCAAAUUUUUGAGAUAUCGGAUAAAGCAAUGGCCUUAUAUUUUCUUUGAUCAGUGGCUGGAUACAACAUUCGUUAUCAGUCAGAUUUUCUACCAUAAUUAUUGUUUAGAUAUUUUUGUAAUAUUUUUCACUAAUAAAUUCAAUUAAAAAACAACCAUCAGUAAUUCACUAUCACUUUAGGACUUUAUUAACAUCAAUUUUCUAACAUUGUAAAUUUUAUAUUUACAAUUUUGUAUCAAUAAUAGUGCCAGUAGAUCACAAAACCACCAUUCCAUCAUACUUUUGUAAAUCAAUUACACUUUCGCCAUACUUAUUUUCUUAGUUAUUCAUCCACUGACAUAUUUGCAAGGAUUUGAUUAUCUAAAAGGAACAACUACUGAUAAGUUCCAUGGUUGAUUGUGUGUGAAUUAAUAUUAUCAAGAUAUUUGAAUGUGUGACCCGACACCUUUUGUAAAUUUAUAUGAAAAUAAAUAUAGAGGAAAUGCAAAUGAUUUACAGCAGUCUCAGGGUCCUGAAAAAUUGUAUCAAUAGUGGAACAAUAUUCUAUCAUCCGUGUGUGAGGGCCCUGUGACGAAAAUCAAGGUAAUUUAUUUAUAUCUCCAUAUUCAUCAUACAGUGGUUCAUCCGGUCAUCAUACGUGGGUGUUAUCAUCGGUUCACACAUUUUUAUCUGGAUAACAAACUUUAUUUUUGUAUCUGUAUUUAUAGGUAUCAAGUGUAAUAACAAAUGUCAAUAAGCUAAAACAGAGAAUUUAAUGCAAGUUUCUGAAUAAGAAUGCAAGUUUGCUAUUGUGAAAUUUCAUUAAUAUUGUAUUUGAUUGAUCAAUGUUUGGUGUCUCCUCCGUCAUGAUGAAUGAAUCUGUUUAAUCUAAAAUGCUUAUACUCCACAGGUCUUUCUGUGUUUGCUCUAUUUGCAUUUUGCUUAAAUCUGAAUUUAAAAUGUAGAACUGAUUGGGUGACAAGUAUUCCUGAGGCACAAGAUUUAAGCUGCCUCCUUGUGAGUGUUCUGAACACAGGAAUGUGAAAAGCUGCAUGGCAAUAAAUUGAACAGAUGCAAACAAAUACAUUUUAAGAAAAGCACAGAAAAAAUAUGAAGAUUUACUUGUACGUAGUACAUUAUUUUUCUGUUCACCCCCUUUCUAAUGAAUGAUUUUUUUUUUAAGUGUUUAUACAGACACGAUAAGGAUAUACCUAAGUAGCUGAGGGUGUAACCAAAACGCAAAGAUUACUUAAGUCAAAGGUCAUAAUGUCACUCGGAUCAAGUUUUGCUUAACUUGUUUAGUUUAAAAAUAUAUGGUCAUAGAUAUAUAUUACUGCUCCACUUUCAACCAGAUUGACUUCAAUUAAUUCUAAAGAUAAAUCACUAAUAUUUAUGAAUAUACCAAUCCCCAUAGAAUCUUUUUUUUGGAAAACAAAUCAAAAUGUCAGUGUUGGAUAGAUGGAGAAUACAGUCUAGAGAAAUAGAAUCUAAAUACUGGGAACUGCCAUCAUGGUUACAGAGGAAAAGUUUUAACAGAUUUAUAAUUCAAGGAAAUGCAAAAACUAAGCACUAUUUAGAUUGGCUUCAAUACGAAUGUCUUCUCUAGGUGUUGAGUCAGACCAAUUCUGCAUUUAUUGACUCGUUAGGUUUUGAGGCAGACCAACUCUGGUGUUGAGCCAGACUUGUGGGUAUACCGACUCAUUAGGUUUUGAGGCAGACCAACUCUGGUGUUGAGCCAGACUUGUAGGUUUAUUUACUCGUUACGAGACUGUUUUUACCCACUAGUGACAUGUCAGACCGACGGGUGUCACAUGAGGCUGUCUCAUUAGUAUGUUUAUCCACAGGUUUGGUUUCACUCGCUGGAUUGGGUACUGCAUAAAUGUUUCUUUAGAUUUAAUUUCUCAUCUGUGAUAUUUUUUUUCUUGUUUAUUUUUUGGUUGUAGUUGCCAGUUUUUUAAUUAAAUUCUUUACUACUAUUGAAUCAGUCCACAAGUAAGGUGUAUGUUGUCGGGCUAGAGUGCAAGUACCUGUAUCAUUGAGAAAGGGUACACAUACAUCUGAGUUGGAUAUCAAUGUAAAAGUAUCAUUUUUGUUAAUUACAGUGCGCUUAAAACCACAACUUCUUGUUUGUUCUUUUUUUUCUUGAUCUAGAAUUUGGAGACUUGACAACAAAUAAUAUGUUUGCAUGAUAAAGACAAGUUCAAUAACCACAGUUAUCCAAUCAUAAUUUAUGGAGUUAUGGCCUUUUAUUCAAUUACCAAAAAUAUACGCUAGAUAUCUGGAGUAAUUUUUAAUGAAUUUACUUCAAACCUCAAAGAAAUGCCAAUCACCAUGAAAGCUUGGACAAGUAUGAUAACCACCAUUAAGGAGCUAUGGCCCUUUAUUUUAUUGCCAAAAUAUUGUCUGCUCUAUAUUUAGAGUAAUUAUCAACUGAUUGGCCUCAAACUUCCAAGGAAGGUUGUUACCAUGAAAGCUGAGUCAAGUUGAAUACCCACCAUUAUCUUAACAAUUGAGAGUUAUGGUGUCCACUUGAUAUCUAGAAUAAAUUUCAACAAAUUAACUUCAAAUGUCAUGGGAAGGUCAAUUACCACGAUAGCUUGAUACUCAACAAUAGUCAACCCUAACUGAAAGAGUUAUGACACAUUAUUCAAUUGCCGAAACAGUGUAUGCUUGAUAUCUUGAGUAAUAUUCAACAGAUAAACUUCAAACAAAAGCUUGAUAACCAUAUAACUAUGAAAGCUUGGACAAAGUUUGAUACCAACCAUUAUCAAUCUGUAAUUUAUGGAGUUGUGGCCCCUUAUCAGAAACAGUCCACUCUGUAGCCUCCAAGUUCAUAGGAUUACCAUUAAAGCGGGGACAAAUUUGAUAACACUAUUUUCCAAUCAUAAUUUAUUGAGUUAUGGCCCUUUAUAUGAUAUGCAUUCCCUCGUCUUAAGCUAGUCAAGUACAGUAUGUUUUCUCCAUUCACUACAUCACAGGAACAGUUCUCAACUUUAAUUAUCAAUACAGUACAAAUGUAGUUCCUUAUAUUUUCAAACAAUGUACAUCGGAAGGAUUUAAAGUUUGGCAUGGGAUGGACAAACAUUGCUCUGCCUUGUACUCGUGUUAAACAAAUGGAUCCUUCUGGAUAACCAAGACGCCUAAAGUUGUGAUGACGUACAACCCACAACUUGUUGACUGAGUACAACAAUUGUUAAAAUUACUUUGAUUAGAAUUCAAGGGUUCUUGAGUCGUGGUAUUUUUAG